CAAUUUUUAUAAAUUCUCAACCAACAUCACCGGUUCACCACCACCUCUUUGGUCUACAAAUCAUUGUAGCCAAGAAAAAGAAACUAGAAGACAGAGAAAGCUAUGGAGAAUGGACAGAGAAAAAGAAAAAGAAGGUGAAUGAAAAAAGUUAAAGUACGCUCAUCAGCACCCCAUUUUCUUUGUCUUUUCCCUGCUUUCCAUCUAAGCCCUUUGGCCCCUUUUCCACGUUAUCUUUUCCCUUGACACAAACUUAAAUCCUAGCUACUCUCUCUUUCUUCUUGCCCUUUCCCUUGCACGGAUAAAUCUAUAAGACCAUUACCCUUUUCUUGCUUGUAUGUUACUAAUCAUUGUUUAUGAGAUAGAGAUUCUCACAAUCUCGCCCAUUUAUUUCUCUAAGUUUGCUUGAUGUAGAUGCUCCAGUUAUGGUUUUGUAACUUCUUUGCUUGUUUCUACGUUUGUCUGAUGGUUCAAUUCUUUUGUUGUCAGUGGUAAGUAACAUUCUAUUAUUCAUAGAAUCAUAACCUAUUUUUAUUCUAUAAAAGUUACAUGCCAUAGAAGGAGAAAAUAGAAAAACAUGUUCAUAAUAUUUACUUAUGUCUAAGUAUAUAUAAUAAACUGCUCCAAAGUCCUAAGUCCUAAUUCAUAAGGUUUUCCCACCAUGGCUUCUCUAGGCAACCCAAAAAGUUGGGUUCCAUACAUGGACAACAAAGACUGUUCUCAAGGAUUUUGUAGCUUGUAUUGUCCACAGUGGUGUUAUGUUAUCUACCCUCCUCCUCCUCCCUUUGAAUUUCCUAACGAUGAUUCAAGUCCAAAUUUCUCCCCUCUAGUUAUUGCAGUAAUCGGGGUCUUGGCCAGUGCUUUUCUCCUGGUGAGUUACUACACCAUAAUAUCCAAGUUCUGUGGCAGCAGAGAAUCUUCACAAAGCGAAGACCACGAAGAAAACGUUGAAUUGGAAGAGGAUCACAACCCUUCACUCCACGAGCCUUGGCAUGCUCCCACUAUUGGCUUAGAUGAGGCCUUGAUCAAGUCCAUAACAGUUUGCAAGUACAAGAAAGGUGAAGGGUUGGUUGAGGUAACAGAUUGCCCCGUUUGUCUCAGCGAGUUUCAAGAUGAUGAAAGUGUUAGACUCUUACCUAAAUGCAGUCACGCUUUUCAUCUUCCGUGCAUUGACACGUGGCUCAAAUCUCACUCUAGUUGCCCUCUAUGCCGUGCUAGCAUAUUCACCUUCAACGCUGCAGCACUUCAUGUUGCUGCCCCCGUCAUGGAGCUUCCUUCAAGGAGCGAAACUUCUUCACAAAACCAACAUGCAGAUGAAAACGUGGCAACAAGGCAGAGUGAAUUGGAUGAUGCUGUGGAAGAAGUGUCACGUGGUGGAGAAGUUCCUAAGACUGCAUUGCGUGCUUUGAGUGAUCUAGGGAAUUUGAGAGGAAGGCAUAGUGUGAUUGAGAUUAGAGAUGGAGGGUAUGAUUCCAUUAGAAGGACGGUUUCUAUGGAUCAUUCGUUUCAAAGUGGUACUGGUCUUUCAGUUGGUGAUGUUCUGCAUGUGCAUCAAGAGCCAUCAAAGGGAUCAAAUUCAAGAGGUGAAAGUAGCAAGUCUAGCUAUAGAAGAAGGGUUUUGCAUUGUGUUUUGAGUCCAAUUGCAAUGAAGAGAUCAUUUUCAAGUGGAAGAUUCUCACUUAGCAGAAGUGGCAGAGGAAGGCAAGGGAUUUUGCCUGUCUGAGGAAUGGAAUGCCUUAAAUGUCUUUUCUUUACCUUAUUUUUGUCCUCUUACUUAUGUUGAUGAAGAUCAAGAGGUUGACCAAAUUUUUGAGUGAAGAUCUUAAAUAUGAAUGAAUCUUUAUAUGGCAUAUUAACCAGUGUGAUAUCAGUAGUAGCUGAAAAACAACUUUUUUUUUUUCAUGUAUAUCUUUUUUGGGUUUGUAUUUUGAUCAGUGAGUUAACAUUUUGGUAAAGAUCAAGUGCUGUCUCC